AUGGCAACUUCUAUUCCGAAUCGUCAACUUUUCAUCGAUGGCGAAUGGAGGGAGCCCAUCAAGAGAAAUCGCAUUCCCAUCAUCAAUCCAGCAACUGAACAGAUCAUCGGGAGUAUUCCCGCAGCUACAGCUGAAGAUGUAGAUGUAGCAGUGGAAGCUGCCCGGAAAGCUCUUUACCGAAAUGCAGGCAAAGAUUGGGCUUCUGCUACAGGGGCACAUCGUGCCAAGUAUCUACGCGCCAUUGCUGCAAAGAUCACAGAAAGGAAAUCGGAAUUAGCAAAACUCGAAGCAAUCGAUUCUGGGAAGCCAUUGGAAGAAGCGGCUUGGGAUAUAGAUGACGUUGCUGGAUGUUUUGAAUAUCAUGCUGAGCUUGCUGAAGCUUUGGAUUCAAAGCAAAAGACUCCUAUUUCUCUUCCGAUGGAGACAUUUAAGUGUCAUGUUUUGAGAGAACCCCUUGGGGUCAUUGGGUUGAUUACCCCAUGGAAUUACCCUCUAUUAAUGGCUACGUGGAAAGUUGCCCCUGCCCUAGCUGCUGGGUGUACUGCAGUACUUAAGCCGUCGGAAUUAGCAUCAGUUACUUGUUUGGAAUUAGGUGAAGUGUGUAAAGAGGUAGGCCUACCACCUGGCGUUCUCAAUAUUCAGACAGGCCUGGGACAAGAAGCUGGUGCUCCUUUGGCAUCUCAUCCUCAUCUAGAUAUCCCAGUUACACUUGAGCUUGGUGGAAAAAGCCCAAUUGUUGUAUUUGAGGAUGUUGAUCUAGACAAAGCUGCUGAGUGGUCUCUUUUUGGUUGCUUUUGGACAAAUGGUCAGAUUUGCAGUGCCACUUCUCGACUUCUUGUGCAUGAAAGCAUUGCAGCAGAAUUCUUGGACAAGCUUGUAAAGUGGUGCAAGAACAUCAAAAUUUCAGACCCCUUGGAGGAAGGUUGCAGGCUUGGUCCUGUGGUAAGCAGUGGACAGUACGAGAAAGUAAUGAAGUUCAUCUCAACAGCCAAGGAUGAAGGUGCCACCAUCUUGUGUGGGGGUGAACGCCCUUGGCAUUUAAAGAAGGGCUACUACAUCGAACCGGCCAUAAUAACAGAUGUAAAGACCUCCAUGCAAAUCUGGAGAGAGGAAGUAUUUGGACCAGUUCUUUGUGUCAAAACAUUCAAAACUGAAGAUGAAGCCAUUGAACUAGCAAAUGACACCCAAUAUGGUUUGGCUGCUGCUGUAUUAUCACAAGAUCUGGAAAGGUGUGAGCGGAUGACCAAGGCUUUUCAGGCAGGGAUUGUUUGGGUCAACUGCUCACAGCCUUGCUUCUCUCAAGCUCCAUGGGGAGGCAAAAAGCGCAGUGGUUUUGGGCGUGAACUUGGAGAAUGGGGACUGAACAACUAUUUGAAUGUGAAGCAAGUCACACAGUAUGUAUCUGAUGAUCCAUGGGGCUGGUACAAGUCACCUUCCAAGCUAUGA